AUGGUACGUCAAUUCUUUCCCCCGCGCGCGCAUGCCGGCGAGGAUGACACUGCACCUGUCAUCCGCGCGCAACAUUCUUCGUCGCGCAACAUCACCGCACCGUCGACGCGCCGAAACUCUAUUCCCUCACCCCGCACAUCGCACGCCUCUCAAGCAGCAGCAGCAGCAGGAGGAGGAGGAGGUGGUGGUAGUAUCCUCGAUAACCGCCCCAACACACCACUCAAACCCAUCCCCUCAACCCAACGCUCCCGUCUCCCCAACACCCUCGCCCCAACUGCCACUACUUCAAAGCGCGUGAAACCCCUGACGCAGCCCACGACGCCCGUAUGGACGCGCUCGCGCCUCGACAAGGAACGCGGCGAUUGGUGGGACACGCAAGUUACAGGCUCCCAGGAGAUAUGGGGUGCGAUACGUCUGGCAGCACAGUAUCUGCAAAAAGGGGAAUUGCAACAAGCGCAGACGCUGUUGGAUGUUACAGGGUGUACAUGUCCGACGGGCGUGCUUUGGAGGGGCGUGUAUGAUGUCACGGGUGUGCAAUAUAAGGUUCCGGAGUGGGUUGUUGUGGAGCCUGAGGGGGUGGGUGAGGAUAUAGGUGGAGAUGGAGAUAGUGGAGUGGCGGGUGCUGGUGGUGAGGAAGAAGAUGAAGAGGGUGCUGGCGGUGAGGAAGUUAGCGUGAGGGUGAGGACGAGUCAUGAUCAAAAAGAUGUUUCUCUAGCGAUUAGAAAGAGAGACCUCGUGGGCACUAUUGUGGACAGGUUGAAAAAGGAGGCCAAGCUCGACUCCUCUUUCAAAGUCAGACUCGUCUACAGCGGUCGCGUGUACCACGACUACGAGACGCUGGACGCGGUUCCCCGCUGGAACUUUGACCAGGACUUUGUCCUUACCGCACUUGUGUCGGCCAUUUAA